AUCGGACGCCACUAAACACGCAAUUCCAUGGUGGCUGGGGCACCAAAGAACGGAUUCCUUCUCCUGCUAGACCUGUCCGGCUGUACCUCCCUUCCGUUGUCAAGCACAAGUCUGUCUCCUAUAUUAUAUAUACCUCCGCCUCUCCAUUGCUUUCUUGUCUGCAACCAACUCAAGACACAAGCUCUCUCCUUUUACCCUUUCUUCCUGCAUUGAUCAUCGAUCAAGCGUUCGUUUCUUUUUAGCCCGGAAAACCGCUCUUGGUACGUCGGGAUACCAGUGCGAAUAUGGCUGCAGUCGUCGUCGUUUUCGAUUUCGAUAAGACGAUUAUCGAUUGCGAUAGUGAUAAUUGGGUCAUCGACGAGAUGGGUGCGACCCAGUUAUUCGAUCAGCUCUUGCCCACCAUGCCUUGGAACCCUCUCAUGGAUAGAAUGAUGAGCGAAUUUCACUCUCAGGGAAAGACGAUUGAAGACAUAGCAGAUUGCUUGAGACGGGCUCCAUUGCAUCCCAACAUCAUCACAGCCAUUAAAUCUGCCCAUGCAUUAGGAUGUGACCUGAGAAUUGUGAGCGAUGCGAAUUCGUUCUUCAUCGACACCAUCUUGAAGCAUCAUGGGCUGAUGGAUUGUUUCACAGAGAUUAACACAAACCCAAGUUAUGUUGAUGACGAGGGGAAGCUCAGGAUCUUCCCUUUCCAUGAUUUCACCUCAUCUCCUCAUUCUCCUUGCCCUCCUAACAUGUGCAAGGGUCUAGUGAUUGAAAGGAUACGAGAAUCUGUUUCGGCAGAGGGGAAGAAAAGAUUCGUCUACCUUGGAGAUGGAAAGGGUGAUUUCUGCCCAGCUCUGAGGCUCGGCGAAGGAGAAUAUGUUAUGCCCCGGAAGAAUUUUCCACUCUGGGAACUGAUUCAUAACAAUCCAUUGCUCGUCAAGGCAGAGGUCCAUGAAUGGAGCGAUGGAGAGGAGCUUGAAAGGAUUUUACUGCAACUCAUCAACACCAUCCUUGUCGAAGAAAACAACAGUUUGAUCUCGGUGGAUUGCAAUUUCCACACAAUUCCUAUCUCUACCCACGAACCCCUCCCCAAAGCUCUCCCCGUUCAUCAUUAGUGGCUUUUAGCUAAUUCACACUUGAAUCAAAUGUCGGCCAUGACAACUCUUGUAAUUUUUAAUUGGUUUUUGGAACCUUUUAGUAACCGGUGGCAGCUAGUUUAGUUCUUCUAUGUAUCUUGUUCCGUUACUUCCGUAAGACGCCAAGUAGCGACGAAGAUACAAGCUUCUUUAGUUUAGUUUUCUUCCUUUUACCCUGCUUUUAGGCGUUUCUGGGUAGAGCUGGCAAAUCCAUCAUCCCGAAGGCAGAUCCUAAAAACAGCCCUUAUACAGCUAAUCCGUGCCCUGAAAUUUAAAGGAAUCUCUCCAAGUUUCUAGCAGCAAAUCCACACCGGUCAAAAUUUUGUGGGUAAAUUACAGACUGUCACCCAUCUGUGUACUUGGGGAAUUGGAUAACCCCAAAACUUUGAUUUUCAACAAAGGUCCGCCCUUAACUUUUAGA